AAAAAAUAAAUAAUUAAAAAAAUAAAAUUAACAUUAAAUCGGAUGUGCAAAAAGUAAAUUAUCUUAGCUAUAAUUUUAAUUAGCUCAGUUUGUUCUUUUGAAGGUCUUACUACUGAACUUAUUCUUAAGGAUGAUAGUACUAUAGUCUUUCCUAUUUAAUAGAAAACUCAAGAUGGCAAAUAAUGUUAAUUCUAUGUUACUCCAGUGAUAGAUUACUGUUCUAAUGCGAUUACUGAAACUCCUGCAUAAGCUGUUUAAUGUGGAAAUACAGAAGUUGGUUCAAAUUAUUUUGCUGAUGGAAAUGACUACUCAGGUGACUUCUUUAUUGGAGAAAAGAAAAUUAACUUUGAGUUUACUAUUCCAAAUAGGGGAUCUGUCUUUUAUGGAUCAAAUUAAUUCUGCUUUGGGUUUAAGUAUGACGGUCAAGUAAAUGCCUUUACUUACCUUGAUCACAAAGUUCCUAAGUAAUAGAUCUUUUUGAGUUUACCUUAGGCUGGUUCUAAAUAAAACAAGGGUACUAUUGACAUAGGUGAUGCUGAUUUAUCAAAAACUAAAGAUAAUGUUUAUCCUUUCUCUUUAAAAAGUUCUGGAGAAGCAGGUUAUUACAGUGCCUAUUCCAGCUAAAAUGUACAAUACGGCUAAUUCAGCUUAUUUAGCCCAAGAAUUGUUUUUCUUAAUAUCAACUAACCUUUCUUUUUGUUUUCACUUUUCUAAAUAUAAGACUUAUUAAAGGCUUUCACUGCAUAAGGCAUAAAAUAUGAUUAUUAGCCAAACAAAAAUCACUUCAUUUCAGUCUCCUCCACUGACAAACUGAAAAAUCUUGAAAUCUAAGUUGUGACAGAAGACUCUAAGCCAUUCAUUAUCACCGUAUUACCUUCUUAAUAUACAUUCAAAUUGGCUGAAGGAAUUUAUUAAGUUUUAAUUUAACUUGCAACUUACAAAGGAGCUAUGUCUCUUAGUAACAGAGUCUUAGAAACUUACUAUCUAGGAGUAGACUUUUCUACUAAACAAAUUUUAAUAGCAGAAAAGAAUACCUAACAACAACAAUAACAAUUCUGA